UAUAAGACUGAUAAAUGUACCUACAAUCAUAGAAUACUUUUUGAAAAGUCAAGAAAUGUAUGUGAUCCUGGUUUUAUUCAUACUUGGAAAAACAAUAUGUCAUGAUAUAGCCAAUGUAACUGUGCAGUUAAAGCAAGGGUUGUUACAAGGGGAACAAAAAUGGACAAUCACGGGAGAUAAAAUGUUCUACAGUUUUAAAGGCAUUCCAUAUGCAGCACCGCCUACCGGCAGUUGGAGGUUUAAGGCACCUCAACCUGCACGUCCAUGGAAAGGAAUACGAAAUGCAACAGUACAUGGCAGUGUUUGUCCUCAAUUUGACCCAACCCUUAAUAAAUACAUACCUGGAAGCGAAGACUGUCUUUUUUUAAAUGUUUACACGCCAUCAUUACCACCGUGUUCCCCUUUACCGGUUAUGUUUUUUAUUCACGGAGGUCUUUACAUAUACGGCUCUGGUAAUGAUGACAUGUACGGGCCCGAUUUUCUAAUUGAUCAAAAUGAUGUGGUUGUGGUUACAAUUAAUUACAGACUUGAUAAUCUUGGAUUUCUGGUGUUAGAUACUGCAGACGUGCCCGGAAAUGCAGGAAUGAAAGAUCAAGUGGCUGCGUUAAGAUGGGUCCAAAGAAAUAUAAAAAACUUUGGUGGAGAUCCAAACAAGGUGACCAUAUUUGGAGAAAGCGUGGGUUCUUCUUCUGUGACUUUGCACGCACUAUCACCGAUGUCGAAAGGGUUGUUUCGUAGAGCCAUAGGAACGAGUGGAGUGCCAAUAAACGAUUUCUCGACCGCAUUUGAACAAAGACGAAGAGCCUUUGAACUUGGUAGAAAGCUAGGCUUUGAGACUACAAAUACUUCAGCGCUCUUAGACUUCCUGCAAACCGUACCCGUCCAUAAACUGAUCAACACCAAUUCAACUAUUAUAGCAGCGGAAGAUUAUAUUCAGAUUAUGACAAGAGGAUAUUAUACAGUGCCAGUCGAGGAAAAAGAUUUUGGUCAAGAGAGAUUUUUAACUGGAGAACCCCUUACUUUAAUUGAAUAUGGACAGCAGCAGGUCGACAUGUUACUAGGUUACACUUCAAACGAAGGCUUAAUUGUUGUGCCAUUACUUGAAAACUCAAAUAUAUUUGCCAAUUAUCGCAGAUUUCCAGAAGUGUUAGUGCCAAGAGAUAUUUUUUAUCGAACAACACCAACACUCCAGCUACAAUUAGCAGAUAUUAUCAGACAACACUUCACUGGGUCACCGUUGAGGCCUUUAAAUACGGUACCGAUUUUUGUGAGCUACGAAACCGAUCUUUUUAUUUAUCCUAUAAUCAGAUACGCAAGACGUUUAUCUAAUGGCAGAAACGGUCGUAUAUAUUUGUUUGAGUUUUCAAGUGUGUCUGAACGAAAUGUUGUAGGCCAACCAGGCAGAAGAUAUGGAUUAACAGGAGUUUCACACCUUGAUGAUCUAGUUUAUGUGUUUAACCCCAAUGCGAUGAAUCUACCGGUCAAUAAGAGUGCCCCUUCCUACAAAAUGAUUCAGCAGAUCUGCGCCCUGUAUACCAACUUUGCAAUAUUUGGUAACCCCACGCCCGACGCAUCGCUCGGUGUGGUCUGGCCCACGUAUGAUCCGAGAUCCGCUAUAUACUUGGACGUUGGGAAGGAUCUAACACUUCGCUCGAACCCAAAAUCCUCUACGACGUGUUUCUGGGAAAGAAUUUAUGAACAAGCAAAUUUACAAUUUUAGAAUAGAAUGUAACUUUUUCUAUUUAUAUAAGUAAACUUUAACUAUUGCUUUUGUAAUUUUGAAUAGACAAACUAAUCUACCACUGCACUGGUUCGGAAUAUCCUUUCUAACGUAAAUAUUCGACAAGACAUUUGUGGUUGCUCUGUAGAGUAUCACACUAAUA